AUGGGCGCACUCAGUCAGGGCACGACCAAGGCGAAGAAUGUACCCAUUAACAAGACACCUAAGCAACUUGCUGCCGCCAAGAGUCUCUAUGAGCAGCAAAUGCAAAGCUUGAGCUAUACUCAGCGGGAGGAGAUUCUGGGACAUGGGUUGGAAGCGGAGGAUGUGGACAUGGGAGACGCUGGGGAUGACUGGGAAGAUACGGAUGACCAUACCCUCUACCACACACUUUCCCUGGGCGAGGAGGGAUCGUUGCAUAGUCAUGCAGGCGCAGAGGCAAUCUGGAAUACCAUUGCGGAUGGCAUGCGGCCAGGGCUCGUACCAGAUGCCCCUGCGCUCAUCCGCACCACCCCUCUUCCCAGUCGGGCAUUGGUCCUUGCCUCCGAUGUCUCCACUGGCUGGCCCGGCACUGGCCUGGCCACUAGGCUCCUCCAGUGUGGCCUUCCACUGUUGGUGUCUCAGGAGCUGGCCAUCACUGGCCCCUCUGAGCCACUCACUAUCUUAUCUGGGAGUUGCCCUUACACAUCGGAGUCUUGGGAUAAAGAGGACUUGGAAACGCUUGAAGGAUGGCCUAUUCGGGUGCUUGGCUUCAAUGAGUUGCGAAUGGGGUAUUUUACGCAUUCUGCUGGAGCCCUGUCCCCCAAUGAAGCUCUAUUGGAGCGGGGAUACAUUGGGGCUGCUCCUGAGCAGCCGACCAUUGCAUUUGCUAUUCAUACAUUCACGAUCUAUCGUCAAAUACAUCAAGUCACCCCACGUUUUGCAAUUGAUUCUCUUGCUUGUGUUCUGAACCAUCUCUAUGAGGUCCCACGACGACGCUAUCUCCAAGAACAGCUCACUUCGGCCUAUGACGCGUACUUGGAGAUUAUGCAAAGAACAGAUGUGUGUGCUGCCAAGGCAUUGGGCAGGGACAAGGAUUGGGAAGUCAAAAAUGUCUGCCCACCCUGUUUCUAUGUCUUGAACAGCGAGCCAAAGUUGAAAUACUCCUCAUUUAUGAGCAUUGACGGCAAUAACUCCUUGAAGCUCAUCGACAGUACCUUUCGUGCAGGGAACCCGUGUUUUGAUGCUCGGACAUCGAGCUCUUGGAGAUGGCUUACAGUAGCACAGGUAGAUGUAUUCAAAGAUGAGGUCAAAAAUUCUCAGGCCCGAAAAUGGAAGCCAGGCACAAAUCCAGAUUCGACUGCACCACCUGCCACAAAUGACAGCUCUCUGAAUGUUGACAUGCCAAGCGACGUUCCUGAUGAAGAUAUUGCAUGGCUCAAUGUGAAUGAGCUUGAUGAGACGGACAUUCACGAGCUGGAGCAGAGCAUCAGCGUGUGUGUCGAGCGGUGGAAAGCAGCUGGGCCAGAGGCUCAGAAGAAGAUGUUUGCGCUCUUCGCUGUCUCAGGCAUCUUCUUGGCUGUAUGUCGACACGGUCAUGUACUUGUCAUGAUGAAGUAUUCACUGGCUUUAGUCCGACAUCUGAUGGACACCUACGGCACGGACAUUGGUCUAGGAUACGACAUCAUGUGUGCAUUCUUCAAGACCCUCCUUCGCAGCUCGCUGGGUGCCCAGGUUGUUGCUAUGCGACUUCGCAGCAUUGUUCCUGCCUUCCACGGUCACGCACAUAAUCGGGAGUGCCAACUCGGAUGGCACCCCAUGUACAUUGAUGGUGUUGGCUUGGAGGACUUUGAGGAAUUUGCACUCGACUUGCUACACCAUUCCAUUGCUAACAGCAAAUCGACAAGCAUUUCUACUUUCAUGAUCUCGACAAGCACGCAGCUUCAGGCCAUUGAGAAGAUUGCAGAGAACACUAUCCGACUAAACGUCCUCGAGGCUGAAUUACAUACAACUGCAGCCGACUAUGACGCAGACCUCAAGGCAGAGCUAGAGCACUUGAGAGUGCUCAAGCAGGAGCCGCCCGGUGUUGUACAGGCCAUUGACUACCUUGAACUCUUAGGCAAGUUACAGGUUGCUGUGGACGCUUCGGCCGCUGCGGCUGCAGACUUCAAGAACCUUGACCUCUUGAUCAUCCGGGACAGCAUCAAAGGUCCGAAGAUUUCAGCCAUUUGCACACGGUACAGGACGACUCAUACACAGCAUCUCCUGGUGGAGGAAGAAGUCGCUCGCUUUGAGGAGGAGCACGGCAUUGUUACGCAAUGGGAGCAGUCCAGUCAUGAGUACCGCAAGGCACUUGUCACCCUCGCUGAGCAGCGCUACCGGCGUGCUCUUGACAAACUGGAGCGACUGGUGGUGCAGCGACUCAUGGAGCUUACAAAGCUCUCAAUGAGUGGAGUUGGUUAUAAACUCCGUGAGAAGAUCGGCAAGGCACUGCGUACCCGUGCCAAGGCCAUUCAACGUGCUCUGACCGAGUACAAUACAGCUGCUUCAAUGCUUAAUCCCCCCCGGGAAACGCUUGAAUGGGCUGAAGUGGUACAAGCAACAUCAUUGGCCGAGUUUGACUUACUCUGCAACACGCGCGUGGAUAUCCGCAAGCUCCCAUGGACGCAACCUGCACGACGUGAAGCUGCAGGCUUAUAUUUCGGGAUCAAACGUGCUCAAGAAGAGAUGGAACGGCUGAAUGUGGAGAUUCGUCGACUUGUUUCAUUCAUGCUUGAUGAACAUGCUGACUUCUACCGUGCCAUUGCGUCCAAUAUGAUAAUGGAUCCAGUAUUGGCUUGGGAGCUUUCAUGCCGGUGGAUGCAGAAGUCACGUAUUAAUGAGGCUGUAAUGGAACGGCUUGUCAAGACCAGCCGCUUACCUGGUUUCUCGGGAUCUCUUCUGCCUGGAGAGCGAGUGGGUCGAGAUGCAACUAUCACAACAGCCUGCCCACUACCCGACUGGGCAAAGAUGGUUUUAGGGCUUGAAGUUGUCGAAUUGGAGCUUGAGGAGGACAACAAUGCUGCAGAGGUGCCUCGUGAAUUGCAGGGGCUUGAUGAGGACCUUGUAGUGGAUCUUAUGGAUUGUCUACAAGUCACUGUACUCAACGAGCAGGUGUAG